UCGUCAUCCUUAUCCUUGCGUUUAUUCAGACUGUCCUUGUUCAUUUAAAACUUGGAGUUCUCUGAAGAGCCAUGUGUCAAGGAGGCAUCCUCAGCAUCCCUCUCAAAAAGAUGAAUUGACAACUUAUAAAUGCUUGCUUUGUGAAUACAAACACACAUCAUCAUUUAAAGACUAUUUCCAUCAUAUUGGGCAGCACCUGAAAAAUAAUGAAACUGUUCCUUGUGUCUUUAGUGACAGUUGAAAGGUCUCGGAUACCCUGAGUAUUUGGUAAAUUCUCUGAAAACCAAAGCCUCAGACCAUGCUUUUCCAGCAAAAAAUGUUAAACGACCUAAACGUGGUGAGGCCAAUCAUAUCCCAUCCCUACCUAUUGGAGAGACAAGAGAUUGUGGAAAACCAACCUAGUGUUCAAGAUCUGCAAGAAAGAUGGCCAGCUCUGUUUCAACAAGAGGAGAUUAAUGCAGAAUAUUUUCGCAUCACAACCUUACCUUUACAAUCAAGAUUUAUGGCCUCUUUGGACAGACAGAGCUCUCAGCUUCUCCAGGUUAUUAGGAGCAAAGGUGGAGCCCUCCGUGAAAAAACCAAGGACACUAUUAAAGUUAUGGAUCAGAGUUUGGACAUAGACAUCAGAAGAGAGUGCCUGCUGAAGUGCCUGAUCACAUACCUUGGUGAAGAUACAAGCUGUCUGAUCAAAGAAUACCAGGCUGACCAGAGGGAGGAAGCAGAGAGAGAAUUUGAAAAGACCACCAUGGCGUUUUUUGUGAUCCGUGAAACUGAUGCUCUUAGUCGUGCACUGGACAUUUCCAUUGUCAUUGACGGUGUGGAAGUACUCAAUGAGUUGCCCUCUGUUGCAUGUGCCUGUGCUAUGAUGUUUGGACUCAUUUAUGCACUGAACUUAAAAUAUCCUGAAGGACUCAAAUACACCUUUGAGGCCUUUCAAAAAAUAAUCAUGGACAUAGAGAGUAAGCAGAUGAGCCAAAGGGUGCAGAACCUCUCUUCAAAGCUGCAGGAAUGAAUUUGUUUCCUUUGACUCAGCUACAGUGUUCUGCUGAUGCUACAUUUCUUUGAAGAUGUUGGACCGUAUAAAUCCUUUUAUACAAAGUUAACUGUACUACUGUUUACUAAACCGGAUUUGUUUUAUCUUGGUUAAAUUGUGUUUUAUCUAGGGUCAAUUAAAUAGCUUACCCAAAAAUAAAAAUUCUUACGUUGUUUAAUCAUCCUUAAGCUAUUCAAGUAUUUAACUUUACAUUUGGUUCAGAGACAUUUCGACAAUUAUGAGAGAAGUUUCAUUUUUGGGUAAACUAUUCCAUGAAGGUGAAAAUUUAUUUUUAAAUUUCAAUUUAUUUUUUUAUUUCUACCAUUGGCUAAUUUGGUAGGUGUUUUAUUAAAAGUGUUUUGUUUUACACUGCCCAAUUUAAAGCAGUUUUUGGGCCAAACUUGUUUUAACUUCUAAAGGUUUGAUUUGUGUAGUCAGUUCUGAUUGACAGUUCAUGGAAAUGAUUACAGAAUUUUAAAUGUUUGAUUGUGUAGUCAGAUCUGAUCAGAUCGUUCAUGGAAAGAUUGUAUGUUUCUCUUCGAAACCAUAACUGAUUCUUAUGGUGAAUUUACAUUGUAUCCAGUGUGUCAAUGCACAAUGUGUUUUUAUAAAAAUUCUAUACACAUUGUAGAAAUGUUUUAUGACAAAAAUUGUCAAGUUUAUGAUGUGUUUAUAUUGUUAGACAGUGUGUAUUUGUAUCAGGAUACUGUACACAUUGUAAAAAAAAAAAUGUUGUAUUAUGACAAAAUAAAUUGUCAAAUGUUUGAUGCU